AUGCCUCCCACCUCCAGAGGGCUCAUGUUUUUGCGCUGCAUCCGGCCUGCCUCGCGAACGCCCAUCACACCCUUGCGGCGAGCGACCACAAACAACAGACCUAGCUAUGGCCUUCCUGACAGAAGCCAGGUCGAGGCUCGAAAAGGAGAAAUUGCACAGCAAAGGUUAGACCUGAGUCAGAAACUGGAACAAGAGCCGGAACCGAAGCAGAAGGAACACGACUCGGACCCUGAACAAGACCAGUCGGACAAACAGACAGACGACAGCCGCAAACCGUUUCUCGACUUUAUCUCACCCUCCGCCCGACGGUGGAUAUGGCGCCUCUUCUACAUUGUACCUCCGGUCGCAUUUAUUAUUCUGGAGUUCCCUCUCGAAGUCAUGUGGGUUACUGGCCCGUCCAUGUCACCACUUCUCAAUGUGAACUUAUCACCCGAACUGCCACAGACGUCAGACGCAAUUCUGGUGCAGAAGGUCAUGUUUGAGAACCGGCCCAUGUUCGGCCUCCGGCUCCCGAAGUUCGAAUUGCAAAGAGGCCAAAUCAUUGUAUUUUAUGCACCUCACAACCCCGAGAAGCUGGCGGUGAAACGAGUCAUCGGCGUCCCGGGAGACCGGGUUACGCCCCUUCCAGGAUAUCCGGGAGGCGACGGACCUGUCGUGAUACCCUACAAUCAUAUCUGGGUCGAAGGCGACGCCAAUAAUCGAGACAAGAGUAUCGACUCCAACUGGUACGGGCCGAUCAGUCAGAAUUUGGUCAUAGGAUUCGUCACCAUGGUCCUCAGUCCAUGGUAUGCUCCCACAGUUGUCAACUGGAGAGAACACGAUUAUCCGGCCAAAAAGAGCGGACGAGUGGAGAACGAUGUGGUCCACGACGCAACCGUGGAUCCGGACAAGAAGACCAUGAUCGAAGCCUUCAGCAAUGGUGUGGCGGCAAGGGAGUUGGCCGCAAUCAGAAGGAACAGAAACGAGCUUCCCACGCUCAUGAGAGAUUCGCAGAAAUUCCAGAAGCUUCGGACCAUGUACGCCCAUGCAAAGUUCGAGUUGGAACAGGAUAAUCCCGACUCCAGGGAGAUCGCGCAAGGCCUGGUCAACGAACUAGAGGCUGCGUUUGAGGCGGUCGGGCUCUCGAGGGAGGGUAAGCCGCUUCCACCGGCGUUGAAAGGAAGCAUCGAGCCUUCUGGAGCCGGAGAUGACGGUCAAGUCAGUGACCAGUCGCUGAAGCAAAAGAAGCUCAAGGAGUAUCUUGAAAGACAGAAGAAAGAACCGGCAGAUGUCCGAAAUGACAGUCCUGGGUGCCUCAACUUGGGCGCUGCAUAG